AUGUCAUAAGAUCAACUGACUAUAGAUGAUAUUUAAGUAAUUCUAAUACUAAAUAUUAGGAAAUCAUGAGAAGUACAAAAAUAAUAGAUGGAUAUUUAGUUAAAGCAUUGCAUUGUAUUAUUAAUGAUUACUAAUAAAAUUUGGACAUAAAUGCAUUAUUAGAUAACAUUAAUAAUUCCAAACACUUAGUUUGCAAUAAAUAUUGUUUGUUAGAAUCGAAAUCGAAUCUUCUUAGAUACAUAGUUAAUACUGAAAAUUACAAUGUAAUAUUUUAUUAUUUAUAGUCUUAAAGAAUAACAUUAAGAUUAUAACUUUUUUGAACUCUCUAAUUUAAUAAUAAGAAUUAAAGUCCAUUUCCUAAUUAAAAUAAACACAUAAACCUAAUUGUAUACUAAUUUAACCAAAAAAGAACAAAAUUAUUCAAAAUAAUAAAUCUCCAAAAAAGUGCUUUGAUAUUAAACCUAAAUAUUUUCAUUCCUAAUCUUAGACCUGGCUUUUUAAUUCUAAAUAGUAUCUUUCAAAAAUGUUAACAAUUAAAGUAACUCAAUAAUUUCAGCUAGGACAGAGAAUUAUCAAAAUUACAAAUAUUGCAAACCCAACAUGAUGAUUAUUCUAGAUAUCGUUCAUGGUCUAUUUAGUAAUAAGAAUUACAAUAAGAAAAUAAAUUGAGAUUCAAUUAUCAAUAGAGAUCAAGUAGAGAAUUAAGAUAUUCUAUAACUACUUCCACUUCUCCAAAAUAAAAAAGUUAAAUUCUACCUUAAACAAAUAAAGAACAAGGUUAUUCUAUUCAAAUUUAAAGGUUAAAAAACGAAAUAUAAUAGUUAGAAUCAAAAUUAAAACUUUAUAAUUGA